UUUAAACCCGUCUUCACCUGGGGAUUUCCAUCCAUCCUGUGAAUCUACGAGUGCAUAGCAAGCAGUCCAUCUAAUGCAGAGAAUAUAUACUGUCCACAUUCGCUCCUUGUAGACUGAGCACCAUGCAUACGCGUCCUCCCACUAUCUCCAUAUACGCCCUUCUAGCGACCACCUUUCUUUGUUCAUGCUCCGCUUAUGUUGCACAGACACCACUUAGCGAUGACAGAUGCACCGAAACCACAGUGGCCAUCUUGGGUGGUGGCAUGGCCGGUGUGGCCGCGGCGCAAGCCUUGUCCAACGCAUCCAUCGAUGAUUUCAUCAUUCUCGAGUACCGCGAUACCUUAGGAGGUCGGGUCUGGCACACCGACUUCGGCAAGGAUCCAAACGGCAAGCCGUAUGUGAUCGAGCUGGGGGCCAACUGGCUUCAAGGGCUCGGCUCGGAAGCGACCGAGAACCCCGUCUGGGCGCUGGCCCAAAAGUACGACCUGCAAAAUACUUACUCCAACUACACCUCCAUCCGAACCUACAACGAGACCGGCCCGACCGACUUCCGUCCCCUGCUCGAUGUCUACGCCGACGCAUACCAGAUCGCCGCCCGCGAUGCCGGCCGAAUCCUGAUGCAGAACCUCCAAGACCAAACCGCUCGCACCGGACUCGCCCUUGCCGGCUGGCGACCGCGCAAGAAUGACAUGGCCGCACAAGCGGUGGAAUGGUGGAGCUGGGACUGGGAAGCCGCCUCUACGCCCGAGACCAGCUCCCUCGUGUUUGGAAUCGCCGGGGAGAACCUCACCUUCAACCAGUUCGGCCAAGCCAACCACCUAGUCCUCGAUCCCCGGGGCUACAGCACCAUCAUCGAGAACGAAGCCGCCACCUUCCUCACGGAUCCUGUCCGCGAUGCUCGCCUCCGACUCAACACCCCAGUCACCCGUAUCGAGCACUUCGCCAACGGCGUCACCGUGCACACCAAAGACGGCACCUGCGUCCGAGCCGCCUAUGCCAUCUGCACCUUUUCCCUGGGCGUCCUCCAGAACAAGGCCGUGACCUUCCAUCCGGAGCUUCCUCGCUGGAAACGGACCGCGAUCGAGAAAUUCAACAUGGGCACCUACAUCAAGAUCUUCAUGCAGUUCGAGGAGACCUUCUGGCCGGACGACACCCAAUUUUUCCUGUAUGCCUCGCCCACCACCCGCGGAUACUACCCGGUAUUCCAAUCCCUCUCGACGGAGAACUUCCUCCCCGGGUCCAACAUCCUCUUCGCGACUGUAGUCGACGAACAAGCGUAUCGCGUCGAGCGACAAUCCCUCCACGAAACCAAAGACCAAAUCCUCGAAGUCCUCCGCGAAAUGUUCCCCAACAAACAGAUCCCCGAGCCCACAGCCUUCACCUAUCCCCGCUGGACCACCGAACCCUGGGCCUAUGGCAGCUAUUCCAACUGGCCAGCGGGAACGACCCUCGAGAUGCAUCAAAAUCUGCGCGCCAACACGGGUCGAUUAUGGUUCGCAGGGGAGGCGACGAGCGCGCCGUAUUUCGGGUUCCUGCACGGCGCGUGGUUCGAGGGACGCGAGGCGGGCGAGAAUGUCGCGGCGCUGUUGCAGGAUCGGUGUGCGACGGUCCAGGGGGUGGAAACGUGCGGGGAUCGCAUGUUUUAUGAUCCGUUAAAUGGGACCACGCCGUUGGAUGCGUAUAGUGGGUUGAAUGGGUGGCCGGUGAGUAGUACGCAGGUGUAGUUGCUGCCCGCGGGGGACGCCGCUGGCGGUUGAGAUUUUUUCGAGACUUA